AUGUUUAGGCCGAGGCAAGAGAGGUCCCACAUAACGGUAAUCAAACAUCCGGACGGCACGAAGAGAACAAGACCAGUAGAGACAGCGGAGAUCUUCAAGGAUUUUUAUAAAAGAUUGUACAAUCACACACCGGACGGAAGCCCUCACAGAGAGCUUGAAGAAGAGUAUAUCUUGCAAUACCUGGACAAGCUGGGGAUGGCUAGAUUAAACGGAGAGGCAGCACACACUCUGGUGGCAGAUAUCUUGGAAGACAAAGUGGACAAAGCUAUCUCGAGUCUGAAAGGCAAUAAAGCACAU